GCUGCGGGGCUGCGUUUUCUCUGAGGAGGAGCGGGAAGAGGCGGGACUGGGUGAAGCAUCAUCGCAGUUGAUGUUAGACAUGCCGGCUCCCAAGUGGGUUCUUAGGUUAUCCUCUUCACUGGGCUGCUGGCACCGACCUAAAGAUCCCGGCAUGCAGCGGGGCCGCAGGGCCCCACGGGAGCCCAGAGCCGGCCGGAAGCAGCUCCUCCUCUGCGAGUUCUGCGUCCUGGCCGGCUUAAUCGAGGGCUAUUCAGCAACUAAGCUGUGAUGGCCGGGGCGUUUCCUACGUUUAAUCUCAGGAACUCCCAAGUCAAGCAUAGAAAACAGGACGAUGGAACUGGACUAGUCAGUGACGAGGAAAGGACCUGAUGGGAAUUCAAAAGAGGGAGUCGGUGUGUCCUCAGAUUUUUUUCACAAUUGAGAAAAGCCAAGGAAAUCAAGAUGUCUGUGGAUCCAAUGACCUAUGAGGCCCAGUUCUUCGGCUUCACACCACAAACUUGCAUGCUUAGGAUCUACAUUGCAUUUCAAGACUACCUGUUUGAAGUGAUGCAGGCUGUUGAACAAGUUAUUCUGAAGAAGCUGGAGAGCAUCCCAGACUGUGACAUUACCCCAGUCCAGAUUCGUAAAUGCACAGAGAAGUUUCUUUGCUUCAUGAAAGGACAUUUUGAUAACCUUUUUGGCAAAAUGGAGCAGCUAUUUUUGCAGUUGAUUUUGCGGAUUCCCCCAAACAUCUUGCUUCCUGAAGAUAAAUGUCAGGAGAUGAAUCCUUAUAGUGAGGAAGAAUUCCAGCUUCUCCAAAAAGAAAUAAAAGAGUUACAAGAGAAGUAUAAGACUGAAUUAUAUACUAAGCAAGCCCUUCUUACAGAAUUAGAAGAGCAAAAAAUAGUUGAGGCCAAACUCAAACAGACCUUGACUUUGUUUGAUGAGCUUGAAAAUGUUGGCAGAGAUCAUGGGACUAGUGAUUUUAGGGAGAGUUUGGUGUCCAUGAUCCAGAACUCUAGAAAACUCCAGAAUAUUCGAGACAAUGUAGAAAAGGAAAGCAAAAGACUGAAAAUAUCUUAAUUUCUGUGUGGUAAAAAGAGUCUGUCGAAAAGAUUUUCUUUGCUCACUCUCUUGAGUUCCACAUCUUACUUUUUUUUUUUCUUUUUUCUUUAAGUCCAUUCGCCAGUGUACUACCUUGAACUAGUCUUGGAAAAAUCUCUGUUCAUUAGAGACCUCAGGUAGUUGGGAAGGAAUUCUUAACAUAAUAAAGACUCAUUUGGCAGCAAGUUCAAAGAAGUGAAACUAUGACCAAAGAUAUAAAGCUGUACCUUUUGAGACCUUAAGCCUUUUGGCUUAAUACAGAAAGUCCCUGAUUUAUGAAUUAGUUCCGUUCUAGGAGAAUGUUUAAGUCAGAUUCACUUGUAAGUCUUGACAAAACGAGUCUUGACAAAAAAAACAACACUUUUGACAAAAAUAUACAAUGUAAAGCAUUAAAAACCCACAAAAAGAA